AUGCAUGAACAAGUUCAUGUUUCAUCCGAUGGACAGUUUGUGGAUUCCAAAGGUCGUAUUAUUCAAUUACGUGGAGUCAACUUAGAUCCAUGCGUAAAAAUCCCCAAAGAACCCUAUUUACCUACGCAUGAUUUUGCACAGGAGUCGAUCUAUUAUGAAAAGGCAGGCAAUGUUAAUUUUAAGGGGCAUCCAAUGUCUUUAGAAGAAAUUGAAUCCCACGUAAAACGUAUAAAAUCUCUAGGUUAUAAUUCAGUUCGUUUUCUUUUCAAUUGGGAAGCAAUUGAACAUGAAGGUCCUGAAAUUUACGAUUAUGAAUAUAUGGAUUUUGCGAUCGAACUUUUACAGAGAAUAAAUGAAAUUGGUGGUCUUUAUGUUUAUCUAGAUCCUCAUCAGGACGUUUGGUCUCGUGCUUGUGGUGGUUCAGGUGCUCCAUUAUGGACACUGUACUGUGCAGGAUUUCAACCAUCCAGAUUUGAAGUUACGGCGGCAUCUGUCUUACAUCAUCAUUUUACAAGAGAUGCUAAACAUUAUCCAAAAAUGUUAUGGCCUACAAAUUAUUUUAAAUUAGGUUCACAAACUAUGUUUACAUUGUUUUUUGCAGGUAAAGAGUUUGCCCCCAAAUGCACAAUUAAUGGAAUCAGUAUUCAAGAGUAUUUACAGGAAAGAUUCAUCUCAGCGGUAAUGGUUUUUUAUGAACGAAUUCAAAAAAGUGCACCGGAGUUGUUUGAAAAUAACUGCAUCAUUGGAUUAGAAACGAUGAAUGAACCUAAUCAAGGUUAUUUAGGUGAAAAAGAAUUAGGAGUUAUUCCAAAGGAACGUAGUUUAAAGAGAGGUUUAACGCCAACUGCAUUCCAAUGUUUUAAAAUGGGUCAUGGCUAUCAUACACAUGUUGACAAUUACGACUUAUCGAUUUUUGGACCUUCGAAGAAUGGUAAUGUCAGAGUGGAUCCCAAGGGUGAACGUUGUUGGCUAAAUCAGAAGGAAAGAGAUGAAAUUGAUUCUCGCUACGGUUGGAAAAGGGGUAAAGAAUGGUUAGCAGGUCAAUGUAUAUGGAAAUUACAUGGUGUUUGGACAGACGAGGAUAAUCAUCCGAAACUUUUAAACCCCAAUUAUUUUGCUAAAUCGCCUUCAGGUCAAAUUGUAGAUGAUUAUUAUUUCAGCAAUUAUUAUUUCUUAGAUUUUUACAAAUCAUUUCGAUCUAGAUUUCGAAGUCUGGAUUCUGAAAGAUUACUAUUCAUGCAGUCACCGGUGUUUAAAACACCUCCAGAAUUAGAUAAACAAGAUCUGUUGGAUGGUAAAACGGUUUGUGCUACUCAUUUUUACGAUGGUAUGUCACUAAUGUUCAAAACUUGGAAUAAACUACUUAACGUGGAUACAUUCGGUAUCGUUAGGGGUAAAUAUUCUAAUCCGGCAUUCAGUGUUACCUUUGGCGAGAACAAUAUUCGUAAAUCUCUCCGUAAACAAUUAAGAGAAAUGAUUAGAGAUGUUCGUUCAGCGUUGGGGGAAAGUGUUCCCGUUUUCUUUACAGAAAUUGGUAUGCCCUUUGAUAUGAAUCAUAAACGUGCAUACGACAAUGGUGACUAUUCAUCACAGAUAGCUGCACUGGAUGCAUUGGGGUUUGCCCUAGAGGGUAAUAACUUGUCUUAUAGUCUGUGGUGUUAUUGUCACAAAAAUUCACACGAAUUGGGGGAUCUUUGGAAUAACGAAGACUUUUCCAUAUGGUCUGCAGAAGAUACUUAUUUGGUAGGUCGUGAUCCAAAUAUAAAAUUAGAAUUAGGUCCUGAUGAUAUCCGUAUCGCACCGAAUGCACAUUAUGUCAAAGUGUCUCACAUUCAAGAUCUCUUAGAUCUUCCAGGUGUUAAGAAAGAUGCUCUUGAUUUUAGCGGUAUUCGGGGUCUAAGCGCCCUUUUAAGACCUUUCCCCAUAAAAAUAGAUGGUAAAUUCAAAUCUGCAGAAUUUAUAUUGAGCGAAAGGAAGUAUGUCUUAGAAGUCAUAGGUGAAAAGACUAAUUCUCAGAGCUAUAUUUUCAUACCAAGUUAUCAUUUCCCCUUGAAAGAACUUGUCAUUGAUUCUUCAUCAAGACACCUAACUUUCGAUCCUGACUAUGGUAUACUAAAAUGGGCACACGGAUCAGGACGUCAUUAUUUGGUAGUUAGUGUGGAAAGCGAAACUUCAAAGAGCGAUGACUGUGUAAUUGCUUAG